AUGAAACAAGAAGAAAUGCGUUUACUUUUUUUGCAUGAAUUUAAGCUUGGACAUAAUGCUUCCCUAACAGCUGCCAAUAUCAACAGAGCAUGGGCUGAAGGGUCCACUAGUGAUCAUACAGUACGAUGGUGGUUUGAGAAAUUCCGUAGUGGGGAUGAGAGCCUUGAAGAUCAAGAAGGUAGAGGACGUCCAUCCACCCUUGAUGAUCAGCAUUUGAAAACAAUAGUUGAAGAAAACCCACGACAAAGUGUCAGAAAAAUGUCUCAUGAGCUUGGUGUCAGUGUUUCAACAUUGUCAGAUCACCUGAAGAAAAUUGGCAAAGUGAAAAAACCCAAUAAAUGGGUCCCUCAAUGA